CAGUCCCCCACCACUCUCUCCACUACUCUCUCCACCAGCAACCAUGGACGUCUUCUGGACCCUCCCGCCCGUUUCGAGAACCAUCACAGCAGCCACCGUCGCCGUCUCCGCGCUGGUCUAUGGCGGCGUGCUGUCCGUAUACCCGCUCCUCUUCGCUUCGGAGUAUAUGUGGCGCCUGCCGCCUCAGAUAUGGCGUGUAGUCACCGCUUUCCUCGUUACGAAACCGAAGCUAUCAAUCAUACUUGACCCAUACUUCUUGUAUACAUAUGCAAGUUCCCUCGAGACUGAAUCUCCACGCUUCACUGCACCUGGAGAUUUUUUCACCUACCUCGUCUUCGUAGGCCUCCUCAUCGUGGCAUCCAGCGGUCUCGCCCUCCAAGGCUACUUCUUCCUCCAACCUCUCACGCUCGCCCUCGCCUACACAUACUCCCAGGAUAACCCACACCGCAAGGUCUCCUUCUUCAUCCUGACCUUCGACGCUAUGUAUCUGCCCUACAGCAUGCUCUUCUUGACGUUCGUGCUCGAGGGGCCGGGAGCAGCAAUGCAUCAAUCUAUGGGUCUGUUCGCAGCCCAUGCCUUCGAUUUCCUGACCAGGAUCUGGCCGACCUUUGGCGGUGGGAAGAAUUACAUACAGACGCCGAUGUUCGUGAAGCGGGCGUUUGGUGCGGAUAAUCCGGCGCCCAGGCAGAGGGGGUACGGCACCGCGAUCCCGCCGAGAGAUGCCACAGCCGCACCAGGUGCGCAACGGGCUACAGGGAGAGGGUUUGGGUUUGGGGGUCAGUGGAAUGGUAGGGGUCCUGGACGGAGACUGGGUGGGGAGUAAGCUCUCUAUCCAGUCUUUUCGAGGUAAUUCUCGAAGACAGGAAUUCUGAUUGGGCGUCUGGAUGACAUAGGGUGGUAUAGGAUAGCGAGGGGAAUUACGGACGACCUGAACGGCUUGUAAAAUACGGUACCCGGAAUCACUUUCAAAAGUCGAACUCAUCAUUAUUCUAUUCGUGUCGCUCUCGUGCUUCAUCUUCAUUUAGAAUUCUCUCCAACAGCAGAGCCAACACUGCUUCCAAGCCAUAUCCUGAAUCCCAAACGACCCUUUCUUCACUUGGUCUCUAAUAUCCU